AUGGUGAAUACAGGAAAGCCCUCAGCAAGCUGCGAAACUUGUAGAGCUCGGCAUAUCAAGUGCGAUGAGAGCAGGCCGAGCUGCAUGAGAUGCCAGAAGCUCAAAAGAAUUUGUCCUGGAUAUCGAGAUCUAUCAAAAGUUCGGUUCGGCGGUAAACCUGCAUCUCGAAAGGGGAACACUCCCACAUAUGAGCACAAACCCAAAUCAAGCUCAGAAUAUGUCGGCGAUUCACUCCUCAGUGAUUUUGUCGGGAGUGAGACUCUCCUUGGCCAAAGGAGCUUGUCUUCUAUGCACUUUCGAGUUCCAGAACACGAAGCUGCGCAGUGUUUUUUCCUUGCCAACUUCAUCCUUCUUCCGAGUACGGCCACCAAAAUGGGCCACCUCAAUUUCAUCAUCCCUCUUCUCAACACUGCUAGCGAACGUUCGCCUUUGCGAUCUGCCUUUUCUGCAGUCAGUCUAGCUUCCUUAGGAGCUCAACCAAACUCUGGUGGCCUGCUUUCAAAAGCAAAACUUAGCUAUGUCCAAGCCCUGAAGCAGAUCAACGUCGCCUUGACCGAUCCAAAACUGGCGAAAGAAGAUUCAACCAUGGCGACCACUUUACUCUUAUCAGUUUAUGAGGCAAUGGUUCGCCCGGAAACAGAUCUUAAAGGGUGGCAUUCUCAUAUUGACGGCGCGGUGGCGUUGAUUACUUCUGGAAGGAGGAGACUGUUCCGAAGUGAGAUUAGCAGAGAAUUAUUUCUCGCUGUUAGAGAAUUGAUGGUAUUUUUGCCGAGCCUGAUUGGGACCUCAAAAGCACCUAAUCGUGGAGUAUACUGGUGGACUAAUAGAGUUCCAGAAGAAGAAGUCUCACAAAGAUAUGCUUUGCUCAAUCUACAUGUGGCCGAGCUUCUCGAGGAUAACAACAAAAUUACAACCUUGUCGCCGCAAACGGCUUGCAAUACUGAAAUUAUUGUUGAAUUUCUCACAAGAGCAGUACAACUCGAGAAGCAAUAUAGGGAUUGGCAAGAAAACCAAGCCUCGUGUUGGGAACCUACAACGGUCGCUUGGAUCGAUAACGAGGACACGAUGGAUUUUGCUACGUCAAAAGCAUUUUCGGAAAGGGUUGAAGCAUUCACAGAUCUCACGGCCGCAUACAGAUACAACAUAGCGAGAUCCUCUCAGAUUCUCAUAUGGACUUCAAUUCUCCGUGCCGUUGCGUGGACAGGAUAUCCGAAGGAUUACAGACUUACCACCAGUUACUCAAACGCACGUCGGCGCUGUAUUGAGUUGAUCGACGGUAUUAUUGCCAGCAUUCCGUACUUCCUGGGAUGGAAAGGGCGUUCAGACGAAGCUCUCGCAGGAGAAUCUCAAUCCGCUUGCAGCAGCAAUUUGAAAGUGAUUGGAGUUGGCGCUUUCUAUGUGAUGUGGCCAAUGUUCGUUGCAGCGAAUUCUGACUUUGCUACUCCGGAACAACUUGCCUUUGUGAAAGGGAGACUUAUCUAUAUAGCCGAGAAUUCGGGAAUCAAUCAGGCCGACCGAUUGAUACAGGUAUGCUAA